UGCUGUACUCGCAUGAACUCUUUUAAUUAUGUUUUUAGUACCUUUAUGGAUCUUGAGGGAGGAAAUAUCAUAGCUGUGAAUUCAGGCCUCACUGAGCCUUAGGAUUUAAAAAUAUCUUAAUUUGUGUUCUGAAGAUGAACGAAGGCCUUACUUGACUUGAUCUCCUCCACGGUCUCUAAUAUUCCGCCUUUACUAACUGGAAGUUAAUGAUAACGAAUUGUGAAUUGUGAGUCCAAAAUUUACUAUGACGAGGUUGGCUACAUUUGUUUAGGCUAUUCUCACGUGAAAGAAGACUACUACUCACUUUUAUGAUCACCUAGCUAUAAAGACAAUUUAGGAAAGAAGAAAUAGGGCAAAACAUGAUUUUUUCAUAAUAAGUGUGUAAACUAAAAAAAAGAGCUGAAAUAUGAGAAUGUCCCAAGAAAAACGGGUCAUCUGGUCACCCUACCUUUAACAGAUGAUUUUGGAUGAGUUGACUCUGAUGGUCCUGAUCCAAUCACAGCUUAAUUUCAUAAUCCAAAUAACAUUUGAGCAUUUAGGUCCACAUAGUAAGAGUGAAACUACUUCAGUUCUUUAUUUCUUUUCUUUCUUUUUUCUUUUUUUUUGUCCUGCAGCUGCAGAUCGGUGAAGGACGAUGGGAUCUGUUAAAGACCUGCUCAAGAACUCACUGAAAGAUCUGGUAGAAGCUGAACUAAAGGAGUUUCAGUGGCAAUUAGUGAAUGAUCAUGAGUGUAUAACAAAGUCUGAAAUGGAGAAUGCAGAUAGGUUAGACACAGUGGAUAAGAUGGUAGCACGUUUUGGACCAGAAGAAGCUGCAAAGAUCAUGGUGGAGAUCCUGAGGAAGAUGAACCAGAACUAUCUGGCGAAGCAGCUAGAGAACAAACACAAGCAAGCUCAGGCUGAGGGCAGUAUUGAGGAUCCUGCACUUGCUGGAGCUAGAUCAAAACUAAUGGAGGCCCGGCCUGAGGGCAGUAUUGAGGAUCCUGUGCUUACUGGAGCCAGUACAAAACCAAUGGAGGCUCAGGCUGAGGGCAGUAUUGAGGAUCCUGUGCUUACUGGAGCCAGUUCAAAACCACUGGAGGCUCAGGCUGAGGGCAGUAUUGAGGAUCCUGUGCUUACUGGAGCCAGUACAAAACCAAUGGAGGCCCGGCCUGAGGGCAGUAUUGAGGAUCCUGUGCUUACUGGAGCCAGUACAAAACCAAUGGAGGCUCAGGCUGGGGACAGUAUUGAGGAUCCUGUGCUUACUGGAGCCAGUUCAAAACCGCUGGAGGGCUCAGCUGCAGAGGACAGUAAAGCUGCUCUUCAUGUGAUCAGCCUCAGACUAAAGGGCAAAUUAAAACAGGAGUGUGAGCAAAUAUUGGUUGGUAAUUCUCAGAUGGGUCAUCUGAACAAUAUUUACACUGAUCUAUAUGUGGUGGAGAAUGAGACUGGAGGAAUAGUUGAGCACAAAGUGAGACAGAUCGAAUUCAAACAAUUUGAUGCCAAGGACACACCUAUCCAGUGCAAUAACAUUUUUAAAGUCCAUAAUGGUCGACAAAACAAAAAAGUGUUGAUGAUUGGCAUUGCAGGGGUAGGAAAAACAGUCUCCGUCAAUAAAUUCAUCCUUGACUGGGCUGAAGGAAAAGAAAAUCAGGAUAUUGCCUUAAUUUUUCCUCUGCCAUUCCGUCAGCUAAAUUUAAUCACAAAUAAAUGCAGUCUCAUGGGACUGCUUCACAAAUACUUCUUUAGUGAUCCUAAAGAACUGCCUUCUCUUCCUGAUGGUGACGGUAAAAUCAUGUUCAUCUUUGAUGGGCUGGAUGAGUGUCGCUUCCCUUUGAGCUUUAAAAAGGAUGACAGAUUUACAGAUGUUCACAAAGAAACAACAGUUAGUAAGAUAGUUACAAGCCUGAUCAAGAGACAACUGGUUCCCUCUGCUCUCAUCUGGAUCACAUCCAGACCAGCAGCAGCCGGUCUGAUACCCCGAGACUACAUUGAUCUGGUGACAGAGGUGCGAGGAUUCAACGAUGAGCAGAAAGAGCAAUACUUCAAAAAUAACAGUAGUCCUGAGGAUGCUGGAAACAUCAUCUGUCAUAUCAGGAAAUCCAGGAGCCUGUACAUAAUGUGCCACAUCCCGGUCUUCUGCUGGAUCUCUCUCACUGUUCUUCAGCCUCUACUGGCUCGAAAGAGCAAUGACAAAACACCCACAACUCUUACAGGAAUGUACACAAGGUUCUUACUUACUCAGCAGCAACAGAUGACAGCAAAAUACAGUGAUUACCCUGAAUCUGAAGCCAACGCCAGGUCUUUUGAUGAGAUUAUUCUGAAGCUUGGGAAACUGGCCUUUCAACAGCUGGAGAAAGGAAAUCUGAUUUUCUACAAAGAAGAUCUUCAUGAAUGUGGAUUAGAUGUCAAUGAAGGGUCGGUGUUCUUUGGGUAUUGCACUCCGAUUUUUCAGGAGGUAAAAGCUGUUUCAGCAAGAAAGGUUUACAGCUUCGUACAUCACAGCAUCCAGGAAUUCCUUGCUGCUCUCUAUAUGUUUUUGAUUAAAGAUGAGAAAGCAAAGCCACUUUUUAAAUCCUGUAGAGAAAAACUGACAUGUAAACUGUCCAAAAAGACACAGUUUCAGCUUCAUAAGGCUUUAGUCAAAAAUGCUUUGCAAAGUGAGAAUGGACACCUGGACCUUUUCCUCCGGUUCCUUCUGGGACUCUCUCUGGAGUCCAAUCAGAGUGACCUGAAGGAACUACUGCCACGACUGGAACUCAAAACAGAGAACAUGAAAAACACUGCUGACUAUAUCAAAAAGAAAAUAGAGAAGGAGAAAUCAGUUGAGAGGACCAUCAAUCUCUUCCACUGUUUGAGUGAACUGAAAGAUGACUUUUUGGAGGAAAUCCAAAAGAAUCUGAGCUCAGGAAAUCUUUCAGCACAUAAUCUCUCCUCUGCUCAGUGGUCUGGUCUGGUGUUUGUGUUACUGAUGUCAGAAGAGACUCAAGAGAAGUUUGAACUGCAGAAAUACAGAAGAUCUGAUGAAGCAGUGAUAAGACUGCUACCAGUGAUCAAAAACACCAAAAGUGCACUGCUACAGUGCUGUAAUAUCACUGCUCAGUGUUGUGAAAGUUUGUCAUCAGUUCUACAAUCCUCAAACUUCCUGAGAGACCUGGACCUGAGUAACAAUGACCUACAGGAUUCAGGAGUGAAACUUCUUUCUGAUGGACUAAAGAGUCCAAACUGUCAGCUGGAAAUACUGAGGUUGUCUGGCUGUAUGGUGACAGAGGAAGGCUGUGGUUAUGUGUCUUCAGCUCUGAGUUCAAACCCCUCACGCCUGAGAGAGCUGGACCUGAGCUACAAUCACCCAGGAGAGUCAGGAGUCAAGCUGCUCACCGAUACACUCAACCAUCAAAACUGCAAACUCAAUGUGGAUCAUGGGGGAGAGUUCAGGAUUACAGCAGGACUACACAAAUAUUCCCAUCGGAUCACUCUGGAUCUGAACACAGUAAAUAAAGAACUCUGUCUGAAGAACACAGUGAUUACUAACACUUUCCCAGAGAGUCAGCAGUAUCCUGAUCAUCCAGACAGAUUUGAUGUGUGGCCUCAGGUGUUGUGUAGAGAGAGUGUGAGUGAUCGACGCUGUUACUGGGAGAUUGAGUGGAGUGGGACAUAUGUGGAGAUAUCAGUGUCAUAUAAGAGCAUCAGCAGGAAGGGACGGGGUCAUGAGUGUGGGUUUGGGUCUAAUGAUCAGUCCUGGAGUUUGAGAUGCUCUCCCUCCAGAUACUCAUUCAGACACAAUAAGAUAGAGACUGAUCUCCCUGUAAAGACCAUCAUCAGUAGAACAGGAGUGUAUGGAGUGAAUCACUAUAGAAUAGGAGUGUAUGUGGAUCAGAGUGCAGGAACUCUGUCAUUCUACAGCGUCUCUGGAGACACAAUGAUCCUCAUCCACACAGUCCAGACCACAUUCACUCAACCACUCUAUCCUGGGUUUCUGGUUGAUUAUGGAUCAUUGAAACUGUGUUGAUGAAUCAGAACAGACUGUAGAGAGAUUCUACCCAUAAUGCUUUAACUCCCUGAGGUCUGAAAACGCGCCGGCGCGGUUUGAAGGUUUUUUUUCACAUUGCAGCAAAAC